UCGCCCCGCGUGUGGAUGUGGGUUACAUGUGAGUUUGAAAUGCUGCCGUGCGGCCGUCCCCGUCGUGUGUUCGGUCGGUCUGGCGGUACCCUCAGAGCCUGUGGGUUUUGCUCUGUCUACAGGAAACACCUCCAGGAGAUCCCAUCCUCCAGCACUAAUGUUUCCACCAGCUUGGACUGGGACUCCAGCAAGACCUCGGAGUUCCUGUCGAGCAUGGGAGUGUCCGUCCUUAAGAAAGACAAGCUGGGCAACGAAAACAUGCCGCAAGACCUGCUGGUGUCAUCAGGCUGUUCUGCUCCAAAACGGCAGAAGGGGUUUGUUAUUGUGCGCCGACCGUGGCUGCUCCGAGAGGCAGAGCCAGGUGUUUCUCUGGAUGCGCUUCCAGAUGAAUUACUUUUGGCAAUCUUUGCAUAUUUGCCCCUAAAGGACUUGCUAAGAGUUUCAGUGAUUUGCAAGAGAUGGCAUCGUCUUUCGUUCGAUGAAUCUCUCUGGCAGACUCUUGAUCUGACUGGUGGGAAUCUGCUGCCAGGAGUGCUUGGACACUUGCUGCCCGCAGGUGUUACUGUAUUCCGCUGCCCAAGAGCCUGUAUUGGAAAUCCAUUGUUUAAAACAACCGAACUUCUCAGACUGCAGUACCUGGAUUUGUCAAACUGCACAAUCUCUGUUGCAGAUCUCCAGAGUAUUCUUUGUCUGUGUGAAAGACUGCAGAACCUCAGCUUGGAGGGACUAGUGCUUUCUGACAACAUCAUCAAGAGCAUUGCUAGGAAUCCCAAUUUGAUAAGACUAAACCUUUGUGGGUGCUCAGGGUUCUCUGCAGAAGCCUUGGAGAUGAUGUUGAGCAGCUGCUCUGGGCUGGAGGAGCUGAACUUGUCCUGGUGUGCCUUCACAGCCACACAUGUCAAAGCAGCAGUCAGUCAUGUUACUUCAGAAGUCACCCAAUUAAAUUUAAGUGGAUACAGAGAGAAUCUACAAAUAGCAGAUGUGAAAACACUGGUGGAAAGAUGUCCUUUUCUUGUCCAUUUAGAUCUCAGUGACAGCAUGAUGUUAAAGCCUGAGUGCUUCCAGUAUUUUCGGCAACUCAUGUUCCUCCAACAUCUUUGUCUUAGUCGAUGUUAUCAGAUAUCACCUGCUGCCUUGAUAGAACUUGGUGAAAUUCAAACGCUGAAGACUCUUCAGGUGUUUGGGAUAGUGACUGACAGCUCCCUGCAGCUCCUAGAGGAGGCACUGCCUGCAGUGAAGAUCAAUCGUUCACACUUUACACCCAUUGCAAGGCCAACUGUUGGCAGCAAAAAGGACCAUGAGAUUUGGGGAAUCAAAUGCAGAUUGACACUGAGAAACCCUAAUUUCUUAUGAUAUGUACAGUGCACUGGAUGCAAUGGACACACUGUGCAUUGAAGCUUCUUAAGAAACAAAGUGCUGGAG